ACACAAUUUACAAAUUUUGUAAUAUGUUAUACACUAUUAACUAGAAUUUUGAUUUCUUUUUCUCAAAUUUAAAAAUAAUGGCAGCAUACAGUUUGAGCGAAAGGUUCUCCCGGGACUCCAAAAACUACAGAAUUUACGACCCAGGUGCAUACCAGCACGAUGAGAGGUGUAAAACAAAGCCAGCUCACGCCCCAUUUCUUACCAAAACAUCACGUAAGACUUUUAGUACCAGACCAAUAUGGACACAUGCUAUUUAUGACGCUGAUAUUCCAUCUAAAAUUCCGAACUGUACUUCAAUGAUGUCUAAAAUUCCACGUUUUCCUUAUGAGGCUUUCAGUAUGGAAGAUCUAGAAGAAGUCCUUUGCAAAUGUGGGUACCCAACAUGUUGUCGAUGUCCUAUAGAAGAAGAAGAUAAACCAAAACCGAAUAUCGUUUGUCAAGGUAAAGUGCCAAAACAUAUUAUAAAAGGAGCUCCACCUCGAACGGGUGGUGACAGCGGCCUAUCAGCACCAUCUAAGGGUGACUAUGGGUUCGAAGUACGAAGAGAUGGUUUUCAAACGAGAUUAAAGGAGAAAGUUUCAGACGAGUCUCCUCCAUUUUAUGAUGCAAGAGUAAUAGAAACAACAAUGUUUUAUCAAGGAUGUAAAUGGAGUAAGUGGACUGGCACUAGAGCAACAAAGGCUUUAGAGCAAAGUCCUGGACCAGCAGAUUACACAUUGGAGAAAAAGCUUACUGAAUUCGAAAAAUAUGCUGAAAAAUGUAGAUUUCUGAAACGUAAAGAAGCAAAACAAUACCGAUACAUAGAGAUGGUUCAAAGGAGAAAUAUCCUAGAAAAUCAACCUGGACCGGCAACUUAUUCUCCGAUGUUGCCGAAAGGUACCGAUUUACAAGAAAUAGGAUCAAAAGCUGACAGGUUUACCUCACCAAAACAUGAAGUUUUCCCUGGUCCAGGCGAUCAUAAUCUUAAAAGGGAUUUUGAUCCACCACCAAAAUUAGUUACACCCUGUCAUGCAGUUUUACCUGAACCUGCUUGUUUUAAUGUAAAAGCCCACAGAUUUAAGCCACGCAAAGAAGAAGGCCCUGGUCCAGCUAGUUACUGUGCAAAAUAUAAACCAUAUCUGAUUCAAACAUGUUCAACAGCACCUUUUGGAUCAAAUACAAAAAGAUUUAGAACUAUCAGAUUAGACGAAACCGAUGAGACUGAAAUCGAUGUAAAUUAUUGUGAUCAACUGCAGGCUGGAAAAUUAGAAGAUAUCGAUCCUUGCCCUCAUCAUACGUGGGAAUUUAAAUCAAAAACUGUGCGCAUGAAACCACUCUUUAAAAGUUGGAAUGAACCGAGCCCUGCAGAUUUUAUGCCAAUGGAACUGAAAUCAAAACGACCGUUGCAUCUGCAAUAUCUUUCCCCAUUUUGUUCAUCGGAUGGUCGUUUUCAACCGUGGUACAAUUUUAUUCCUGUAUAUGGAAAAAUAGCCACGCGUGGUCCGGGUUACUACAAUGCAGAAAAAGCCAAAUGUUAUCCAGCAGUAAAGCGAGGGCCCCUCUGUCGAGCUCCACGUUUCCGCACACCUUCAUUUGAGACUCCGGCUCCGUGCGCAUAUAAUGUAGGGGGUGGCAUUGAGACUAUUUUAGAUACUUACAAUCUAAAAUUGAAGCAUAAUAUCGAAAACCAGUAUAAAUUUAGUGGGAUUGCCCCUGAACGGAAAGUAUUAACUUUAAAAGAAAAAGAAACUUUGCUUAUGAAUCAAUGCAUCGCAUUGUGUGAAGAAGCAAUAAAUGAAGUAUCUUCUUUGCCACCCCCGGAAAAGAAAUAUGAUACUCUAACAAAACAUAUAUUAGACAAGAAAAAAAUAUUACGGUUCUUUUUAUAUAAGCAUCAAAUGCCUAUGCCUGUGUAAC